CUCGAUUUCUCCUCCUUCUCCUUCUCCUCCUCCUCCUCCUUUACGUUCGAUUCGAUACGCUGCUCCGUUUCGACGAACGGGGGAUGAAGAAGAAGAAGAAGAAGAAGAAGAAGAAGAAGAAGAACGAGAGGCGAGCUCGUCCAUCUUGCCGACCGAUCGUGCGACCACUGUCGACACAACCACGGCAAAUUCGAUUCAACGUGAAUUUUUUUCUGCGACCACGAUUGGGAGCUAAGUUCGGGGAUGUUGGCCGGAUUUCUAUUAUGGCCGACAAUACUGGUUGGAGGAGCACGUACUAUAGCUAUUGCAACAGACCGCAUUGUAGUAUUUGCAGUUUAUAUGGUGAAACUUGUGGACAGACUCGGAUACACCAGGGACGAGUUACCGUGGAUUUUUCUCGGAACGUAACAAUACGACUGGUUCUUCUCUCUGAAUUGGCACUGGCGGUUUCAACAACACACGAAGAUAAAGUAGAUUUCUGACAUGAGCCGCGAGAUAUCUCGUAAAUCGUGCGCUCUUCGACGUUCUUCGUUUUAUCCAAUAACAAGGAAACUCAUUGAACGAGCAACGCUUGUAAAAAAGUGAUCGUGUCGCAGAAGUAGAGCUUCUCGUUAUCUUCUUUUUUAACUUCAAAAAUCAUUCUGCGCAGAAUCCAGAAUUUGAAGAUAAAUCUUUUUUUUUUAAAUUUUGUAUAAUAUACCUGCACAGAUCCAAUAUCAGUGAACAUUCUCAAUAUUAAGAGUAAUUUCGUAGAAUGUUUAAUAUACUUACUAUGUGUAGAAAAUGAACAUGUCUACGUAGUUAUUAAAACAUAUGCAGGAAUUAAGAUAUGGAGGAACUAAAUAUUAAUACUAUUGUUGUUUUUGUCACGAUGGCCAUCAAUGACUAUUUUUAUCAAAUACUUUAGAAUAAUUGAAAUAAUUUUAAAACAAAGAAUUUUUACCAACAUCCAUGGGGCACAGUAGAAGUUGAAGCGACAAAUAGUAGUACAAGAACUUAAUAGAAGUUCACUGAUUCUCUUCUCUGCUACAAAUUUUUGGUUCGUAUAAUAGAUAAAU